AUGGACGUCUACAGAGAACUGGAGACGGGCAGACGAGGGAGGAUGGAUGUGAUACGAACCGUGGACAUGCACACGUCUGGAGAGCCGACGCGAAUUGUGGUGGAGGGGUAUCCAGAGCUGAUGGGGAAGACGCUGCUGGAGAAGAGGGCGUAUGCGAGGGAAAAGCUGGACUUUAUCCGACGACGAUUGAUGUUUGAGCCGCGGGGACACGCGGGGAUGUACGGAGCGAUACUGGUGAAGGAGACGGAGCUUACGGAGAGCGGGGAGGCGGACAUUGGGGUGCUGUUCUGUCACAACGAGGGAUACUCGACGAUGUGCGGGCACGCGACGAUUGCGCUGGGACGGUUCCUGGUGGACACGCAGGACAGGGGAGUGUUCCCGCGGCGGGGGCAGGUGAGGUACGAGGAGGGGAAGAAGGAGACGGUGGUGCGAGUGCACGCGCCAUGCGGGGUGGUGGAGGUCACGGUGCCGACGGUGGAGGAAGGAGGGCGGAGACGGAGCGACGAGGGGAAGAGGGUCCGCUUCACGAGCGUGGCCAGUUUCGUGGGCGGGCUGGGGGUGGCGGUGAGGACGCUGGGUGGGAGGACGGCGCGGGUGGACGUCGGGUACGGAGGCGCGUUCUACGCGAUCGUCGACGCGAACGAGCUUGGACUGCACGGCCGACUCCGCGAGUGCGCGACGCUCCAGGCCGAGUGCGCCGCGCUCAAGGCCGCGCUGGGCAGCUGGGACGCGAGCGCACUGGUCGAGCACCCGCAGCACGCGGAGCUCGAGUACGUGUACGGGAUCAUCGUCGUCGACGGGGAGCUCGCCGUGUGCGUCUUCGCCGACGGCCAGAUCGACCGCUCCCCCUGCGGCUCCGGCGUCUGCGCUCGCCUCGCCGUCGCCGUCGCCCGCGGGUCCGUCGCCGUCGGGGAGCGCCGCCCGUUCCACUCCCCGGUGAGCGCCGCGGACCCCGCGAGCGUCUUCCUCGGCCGGGCGGUAGAGUCCACGGCGCUCGUGGGGCGCAGCGGCCGGGAGUGGGCCGCGGUGCGGGUCGAGGUCGAGGGGCGCGCGUCCUACACCGGCGCUCACGCGCUCGUCGCCGAGGACAGCGACCGGCUGCCUCCGUUCCUCGUCCUAUGA